AUAAUCUUCAUCCUGUUUUCGUAAACAAUUCUAUCUGAAAUUAUGAAAACAAAACGGGAUCUUAAAAAGAAAGAAGUUUCCAACACUUUCAUCACAAUGUCUACAAUUUCUGAUAAAUUAUCAACGGAUCAAAAUUAUUUUUCAAUGCCAACAGCGCCUAAACCAACGAAGCUUUGUGGAUAUUUUGGUGUUCAUAAAAUUGCAAUAUUUGGAAUCAGUUUCAAUGCAAUUUUCUUAUUUGCAUUUUACGUUUAUGGAUUAAUAAGAUUGAUUCAAAAAACACCGAAGAAUUAUGUUGAAUUUAUUGUAAUCUGCUCCAUACUUAUCACCAUGAUCCUCACCUUCAGUUUAAUGUUUAUUAUGGCAGUUUUCCGUGCGAGACCCAAAUUUUUACUACCAUAUAUGGUUUUGAAUACGAUUCUGUUUUUUGCAUAUGCUGGAGCGGUAAUCGGAUCGACAAUCACAGUUCCUGAUGAAAUUAGAGAAGAGGUUAAUGGACAAGAUCGGAGUUAUAAAAUUGUUGAUAUUAUUUUAUUAAGAGUUGCAUUGCUGGUAUUUGGUGCAUUUGAAAUAUUCUUCAUCUAUUCGUAUAUUUGGACGUAUAUUGAUGUUCGAAGGUUGUACCUUUUCAAUCGAAGAUGAACUUGAAGUUUCUAAUUGAUAUUUUCAACCAUUCAUUUUUUUUAAAGAUUCCUGAUUUUUCACACGGGUUUGUCGCUAUAAUUUUUUGAUUGUAAAAAAUAAAUAUGUUUUU